UUGUCUGUAACAGAUAUGAAUAAAAAAAAGAACAACACACAGCAAUCAACGGUUUUAAAGAAACAAUCACUUUUACCAUUCCCUGUGACUGGACCAGUCGAUUAUACUCUCUGUGGAUUUGCCUUUGAAAAUGAAACAUCAUCUACAGUCUGGCCAUUAUAUCGACUUUCCCAUCCAACCAAGGACAUAUCUUCGUCCUAUCUUAUAGAUAAAAGUGCUCAAUGGUAUCAACGGCCAUCCUUCUAUAUGUUGAAAUCAUCAUCAUCAUCAUCAUCAUUACGUGUACGUAAACCAUAUUGCUCUAAACAUCGAUCUAUUUUCACUCCCAAAGUGAAUAGGUAUCUCCAAGAAAUGUUUUUCUCCACUAUAGGCCGCAAUCAAAAACUCACCAAGGCACUUCGACAAAAAAUCAUGCGUGAAACAGGCAUCAGUUCUCGAAGUUUGACCUAUUGGAUGUCCAAUCACAAACGACGAUCACCUUUAUUGUUACAACAAUUUCAACAGGCCGUCGAUCAAAGUGGUGGUCAAGUCCAAACUUUGGAAGAUUUUGAAUUAUGGAUGACUCUAUCAAAACAAAACAUGACCGAGUAG